AUGGUGAAUUUGUGCCGAGUUGAAAUAGCCAUAUCACUUGGCUUCCUGCUACAUGGCCUAACUUGCCCGGGUUUUGCGCAGGAGGCCGCUUAUCAAGGAACAUGCCAUAUGAACGUUGUAGCUGCGGUUGUUGGCACCGGUACUGGUGGCGUAGGACUUGGAGUUGUGCAUAGGUACGUGCCUACUUUUUAA